UAAAAUCAGAAUGACUGGAGGGUUGGAAUGUUGCAGACAGAGGUCAUCAUUUAGUUGUGGAAGAGAAUGUUGUAAUAGGUUGCACUGUGUUGGACCACUAACCAUUAUUUAUUUCCUUAAUAAAUUUUUGCCCCUCCUGUUUGAAAAAAUCAGAUCAAACAUCUUGCUUUUAGUGGUUUAUGUGGGUAGAGUCAAUUGAAGGUGUGUGAGUAGAGUUCAAUUCAAGGUGUGUGAGCAGCCAUAACCAUGAAGAACAACAGAGUAGCUACUGGACUCAAGUUUUGCUAUGCACUUCUUUCAAUGCUGUUUCUGAAUUUGCUGCAGAGUGAAGGUGCAACAUUGCAGGAGCCAGCAUCUUCUCCCAUGGUGAUGCAGGAGGAGCAGCAUGGGAUGCUGUCCCAUGAAAUGCCAUCAGAACUCUCACCAGAUGCUGUGAAAUUCUUCAGCCCUGAUAUGCCAUCUCCACCUCAGUUUUCUUCACACCCACAUCAACUCUAUGCCGCAGGAAGUGACUCGUCAGUUGCAUUGGAGGGCAUUAAAAGUCAUGGGAAUGGUAUCAGCCAAGGUGCUAAAGCUGGUAUUGGGUUAUCUGUCCUUUUGGGUGUUGUUUUUGCAGGUGGGGGAUUGUAUGUCUAUGCCAAAAGAAGGUCUAAUAUCAAGAGAGCCAAUGCAAUACUCCCAAAUCCUUGAUUGGGAUCCAGACUUUCUGAUUGUAAUUUUUUUUUCCAUGGAAUAUAGUUGAAUUGCUGAUAUAUCAGAAGAAUACAGAGUGCUUAGUUCCUGAUUGAAUUGUUAAUAUGUGCUAAUAUAGCAGCAGAAUGCAGGGUAUUUAAUUCCUGACUGGAAUUUGCCAAUGCAGGUGUCAUCUUGAAACAUUCCUAGUUAAUAUGUGCUAAUUUAUAAAAGAAAUACAGGCUGUUUAAGUUCUGAUUGGAAA